CCGAAACCCCACCCCCGCCCGCCAUGGUCUCCACCACGACGUACUCGAGCGGCGAGCUGCUGUCCUCGUUCGCGCGGCACUCGGCAGUGCCCCACCCGCCCGCAGGCAUGCUGCAGCCCAUGCCGCCGCACGUGUCGCACCUGGCCAUGCAGCCGGCGCCCGCCAUGCUGGACCCGCAGCAGAAGCGCUCGCCGCUGCUGUGCGGCUACCCGAGCAAGAAGUGCUGGAGCUGGCGCGUGGAGAAGCGCAACGGCGAGCUGCACAAGUUCUGCGAGUACCACCGCCAGAAGGCCAACACGAACCAGCGCCGCAUGGAGCAGCGCCGCAAGCAGGGCCGCUCGGCCUCGCCGCGUGCCAAGAACAGCGGCGGCGCGCGCCGCUCGCACAAGGUGGCGGCCGACGCCAGAAAGCGCAGUGACGUGGUGGUCAAGAUGGAGCGCCCCGCCGCCGUGCCGAUCCCCAAGGCCAUCACGCACCCCAAGGCUGUGGUCGUGCCCGUGCCCAACUCGGGCAGCCCGCGCGGCAUCGACUGCUUCGGCAGCGGCAGCACCGUCAUGGACGACGCCGCCAUGUUCUCGUGGAUGGACGCCGAGCUGGACAUCGGCAUCGGCAUGGACGCGGCCGUGGACUACAUGAUGGUGGACACGCCUGUGAUCGACAUGGAGCCGUCCGACACGCCCGUGGACCUGUUCGAGGAGGACCUCUUCUUCCUCGAGCACUUCAUCGACGAGAUCUCGCACAGCGCCGUGUGA